UAAUCACAAUUAAUGAUUGACAAAUGAUCGAUUAAAUUUAUUGUCAUUUUAAUUUAAUUGUUUAAGGAAAUUAAUUGUGUUUUAAAAGAGAUUUUCAAUUGUUUAUUAAGAGAUUGCUCUUGGUUGGAACUUUAUGUAAUCAUUUUAUGGAAUUUCGUUUGGAAUCGAUGAUCGAUCUUUUCGUUUAAUUAAUGGAGUUAAAGGUUGUCCUUCAUUUAAGAAAUUGAUCUUAAUCUGUUUUUCUUUGAUUGUGAUUGAAUUGAUUUGUGUCCAAAGAGAACAAUUGAAUCUAUUGAAUUGGACAACUUAACAGUGUUCACCUUCAAUAUUUUUGAAAAAAAAGGUAAAAUUAUCCUUUCAAUUAGAAGGAUAAUUAAUUAGUUCAAUUUGUCAACAUUGACCCAAUGAUUAGUGUUUCUAUUAACUGGUUAAAGUGAUUCCAAUGCCUAGUUACCCAAAUGAAGAUGAGGUUCAACCAUGUACUCAAGGUAAAUACGUUGUUUUGGUUUGUAUGGUCAUCUUGGUCAGUUUUGGGAUUAAAUUACAAUCAUGGACUGCUCAAAAUGACAUUUACCAUAACGUUUUCAUAGUUUCUUUGUCUACUGUUGGCAUAUUUUGGCUCCUAUUUAUAUGGACAGAUUUAUAUCUAAUUGCAGAUAGACUUAAUCACUCUUUGGAUAAUCCAUCGGAUGUGACACACAAAGAAUGGACUUAUUAUACUUACCUCAAGGCUCCACAUUCAUAUUGUUUUUACCUUAAAGUUGGUUUGACAAUUUUUUGUGCCAUUCAUUUGAUUUCAACCACAACUUUGUUAACUCAAGAGGUUUACUAUUGCUCUCAUGGAUCUAAUUGUUUUGAUGGGCUUCGUUUAGUUUCAAGUAUUGUUGAUUUGAUCAGUUCUUUGGUUCAAUUAAUUUUCAUCCAAAAUCAUUCCAACAUAAUCGUCAAUAGGCAUAAAAAUGUUGCCAGUUUUGGUUGUAUGGUCUUAAUUGCCGUUGCAUUACUCAAAUGGUUCACGACGAUCGCGGUUGAGGCGGAUUUUUUUCCUCAAGAUGACCAGUCAGAAUUAGGACCAAUUUCUCACAAAUUGUCACCCUUGUUCCAUCAUAGAGACAAGUUUUACCAAAAUUGUCCCACUGAAAACAUUUACAAUAUUAACUUUGCCAAAGUCUUACCUUAUAUUGACCCUUUCACCAUUGAAUUCAAUUUUCUUCUUGCUAUCCAAUGGCUAAUCAUUUGGCAGCACAUUGGUCAUUACAGGGAAACUCGAGCUUCUGAUUAUUGGACAAUAACUGAAGCUCAUGAGAUAAAUGAUGAAAUCGAUGAAUUAACUGAAUCGAUCGGAUUUCAUAAAAGUGGCCGCGGAUUAUUUGCUGGACUAUUUUGUGCCAUUGGUUCACUAAUAUCAUUGGUUUACUAUUUUUCUGCCGUUGGUAAUCCUAAUCUAUUUGCUUCGAUCUCAAUUUUCAUUAUUUGGGAAGAUUUACUUUACUUGACCUCAUCUUUACUCUCUCUGUUAAUUGCCUCUAUUCAAUUAUCUGGUCUUGGAAAAUCAACUGAAAAUUGUGUUGGAUCAACUGACAUGAUGUUACUUUUUUUCCCUUUAAUUGCUUUCUGUAUUCGAGGUUAUAUCAGAAAUUUAGAUGUUUAUUCCGUUGAACUUGGACCAAUCGAUCACACAGUUGAGAUUCUCGGUGUAAUUCAACCUCUAUUACAAGCGAUAUUUAUUUACUUUGCUUCAUCAAAAAUCUGUGAUACUAAUUAUCUAAGUCAACACAAACCUGGGCGACAGAUAAUCACCCUACUUAUAGCUUUAAAUCUCGUUCUUUGGACAUCGGGUGCUUUUCGAGCCAAGGCUAAAUUUCAAAAGGACGAUCAGGCUCAUAUCGCUCAGACUAUUUUUCUUGACAUUUGUCAACCUUUCAUCCUUUUCUAUCGCUACCAUUCAUCAGUUUGCUUAGCAAAUAUCUGGAAAAUUGUAUAUUCACAAACUUAAACUAUCAAAUUGUUAAAUUAAAGGCAAAGGGUAAAUUAAUCAAAUUGCCCCAACUAAUUGUUACCCAACAAUCAAA